AUGGAGGUUCCGCCUUUCCAUCCCGGACCUACCACGCUAGAGCUACUGUUGCUACAAGGCGAGCAUAGGUCGUCUUACAUAUGGGAGGGACAAUUACUGGCCCAGAUGUUCCCCGCCAGGAGAGUAGACGAUAUGUGGGACUUUCUUAGGGCCCAUCCUCUCCAUCCCUGUAUAGUCAGACGCCUCCAGGAUACGGGUUUUUAUAGGAUUGUAGAGAUCGGCCGGCUGCAGCUGGAUUGGUCAUUGAUCACGGCCCUAAUAGAGCGGUGGCGGCCGGAGAAGCACACAUUCCAUUUGUCCAUUGGCGAGGCCACUAUCACACUUCAGGACGUGGAGGUCCUGUAUGGGCUGCCCGUUGAUGGACACCCUGUUGCUUUGCAGAAUGCCAUCAGAGACUAUAUGGGUUUGCAGUACCUGGAGAUGCUGCAGCGGCUCACCGGUUUCCAACCACCGGAUAAGACUGCAUUGAUUGGGGCUAGUCGUUUGCAGUUGACGCCCGUCCGGCAGUAUUUGGAGGCGAUGCACGCUGACAUCACAGAUGAUACACCGGAGCUUCAUAUUCAUCGGUACAUGAGCUGGGGUGCUGUUGUUCUUGGUUACUUGUACAGGCAGAUGUGCCUGGCGAGCAUGGGCACCCAGCGAGACGUUGCAGGAUUUUUGCCGCUGCUGCAGUUGCAGCCACCUCUACCACCCUUAGCACCGGAUGCACCACUUCCGUUUCUCCCUUUAGCUAGGAAGUGGGUUGGUAGGGGAGCAUAUGGACGAGAGUAUGAGGCUCGACAUAAUCAUCCCUAUUGCAGGGAUUUGUUGGAUUUGCUGGAGGGCGCACAG